GCGCGAGGCAGCUGGUCGGGCGCGGGCACGAGGCGAGUGGUGCAGCGGGCGGCGCGAGGAGGAGGAGGAGGCGGCGAUGGUGGGCGCGCUGCUGUGCUACGUGUUGGCGCCGCUCGCACAGCUCAUCCGCCGGAUCAUAGGUCCUUCCAUCGAUGAAGAGGAUGACGCAGCAGAGAGAUGUUCGGAGAGCUUGCGUGUGGAAACUGAUGCCAGACCUGUUGCGUGGGUACCACUUGGCAAAGACCAAACUGCCCUUCUCCAGGAGUGGCUGCACGGUGGGCCGGGAGGGGAGUCGGUAGAGGAGAGGGGAGCCAACGUUGACGCUGAGAUUCUUCCCCGGGAGGCGGAAGAGGCGGCCAUGACGUGGCAGCAGGCCGGGGACCAACAGCUGGCCGCCGCCGGAUGGGGCGACGUCGAGGAGCCGAGCGUCCUGGCAUGGCACCUCUCUGCGCCGGCCUGGACGCCAUCUUCCCAGGGCGCCAAGGAAGGGACGCCGCCACCGGUGUGGUUGCCGGCUGCCGCCCAGGAGGCACCAAGCGGUUGGCAGCCUCCACCUCACCAGAACGCCAGCACCAUCGAUUGGCAGUUCAUGUCGCCGCAAGGCACGCCUCAGCCAGUGGGCGGCACCAUGUGGCACGUGCCUGCGGCCUUGGGAAUGAACGAGGCACCACCUAAUAUGCUCUGGCAGUUCCAGAAUGAAGGCAACAUCACCACAAACUCAGGCCAGCUCACCCGGACGUGGGAGAACACAACACAGCGGCAGGGGGAAGAUGCCGGCGAAGGCAGCCCGUUCGAAUUCACCGUCAUGUCGUACAACAUCCUGUCGCAGGACCUCCUGGAGACCAACUGCGACCUGUACUCCCAUUGCCAGCCCGAGCUCCUGAUAUGGGAAUUCCGAUUCCAGAAUAUCAUGCAGGAGUUUGAUACCUGGGAUCCUGACAUUAUGUGCCUGCAGGAAGUUCAGGAAAACCAUUACCAUCAGCAGUUUCAACCAGCUCUCCAGCUGAUGGGUUACGAGUGCAUUUACAAGCGGCGCACUGGUAUUAAGACGGACGGGUGUGCGGUGUGUUUUAAACGGGACCGCUUCAGCCUGGUGUCCCAGCACCCGGUGGAAUACUUCCGGCCCAUUGUGGAGACGUUGAACAGGGAUAACGUGGCCCUCCUGGCCCUGCUCCGGCCCGCGCCACCGCAGACACCGGACAGCGGCCAGGACCACCCCAUGCUGCCUGACAUCCUGGUGGCCAACACCCACCUCAUCUUCAACCCACGGCGCGGCGACAUCAAGCUGACCCAGCUGGCCGUGCUGCUUGCUGAGAUCCAGCAGUUGCUGCAGGCAGCCGGUGGUGACGCCAAACCCUGCCCCGUCAUCCUCUGUGGAGAUCUCAACUCUGUCCCCGAGUCUCCACUCUACAAACUCAUCCGGAACGGGGAGCUGUACUACCACGGCAUGCCAACCUGGAAGGUUUCCUGUCAGGAGGACAGUUCCCACCAGGUGUGUCCGAGGAAACUCUACGGCCCCUUGUGGCCGAGCCUGCUCAGGAUAACGGACAGCUGCCAGUACGUGGGCGUCUGUGAGAAGAAGACCCCAGGGUUACUGAGAUACGGCCGUGAGUUUCUCCUCCAGUUGCGAUACUCCGCGCCAGCUCUCCAGCGGCCAGAGCAUCUCGAGCUCAUUGCCGGCGUGACGGAUUCAAUACCAGAGCCUCCCGGAGACGGGUCAGAGCGCUACGUCAGUGUGCCUGAACCAGAGGACGAGCUCUUCUGUAAACGGUCACCCACCACCAUCCGCCACAACCUCCACCUAACCUCCGUCUACAGUCACUACCAGCCUGACACCGGGAGGCCAGAAGUCACCACCUGCUCCUCCGGCUACGGACUCACCGUCGAUUACAUCUUCUACUCAGCUCAGCCGCUCCCCGACAAGAGUGGCAAAGGUCGCCGGCGAUACCAGGACGGGGCGUUGAAGCUGCUGGGACGACUGCCCCUGCUCUCCGAGCACGACGUCUGGAUGGCCAACGGUUUGCCCAACGCCCUCUGCUCCUCCGACCACCUGUCCCUCCUGGCCCGGUUCGGCCUGCAGCCCUGCGGUUGAUUUAUUGGGCAGAGAGCAGCAGCUGGAACUGGCAACUGGGGAGUGGGUGCUUUAUUGCCCAGCUUAUUGUGGACUGUGAGGGACACCCUUUGGGGGGAUGGUUAGAAUGAGGCUCCUCCUACAGGGAACAUAAUUGCCAUUUUAUAGUCUGUAUUAGGCUAUUUUUAAUCCUUUUGCUUUCUUUUUGUAGCGGUCUGGAUUAUCGAGUGCGUUGCUUUGAGCUGAUGUGAUUGCCAAAGGCACGUGUUGGUGGGAUCUUGGUCAAUAGACAGUAGGUGCAAGAGUAGGGCCAUUCAAGCCAACACUGUCAUUCAAUGUGAUUAUGGCUUCUCAUUAUCACCGAUCGAUCGUGAUCAGCCAUGAUAAUUAUCACCGAGAGCUUGCAGAAUGUAAAUGUUUAUCGAUUGAGUCGUCGUUUCCCUGGGGAGAAUUUCCCAUCAGAGCUCCUUGAAGCCAAUUAGACUUUGCCGCCGUUUGCCAGCGUGUUAGUUAUGGAGCCUCGUCUGAUUCCCCGCAUACUUGAAGCUGGAAACCGAGGCUUAAUCCACUUGUUGUUGGUCCCAUUUGGAACAAACCGCGCGGUUCGCUAACUAUUCAUUGCCUGAAAUGCCAAGUUAAGUUUUUAAUUCUUCCUGCUGUCUCUCGGCAGGCUGCGCUCAGUUCUGAGCAGUGUCCAGGUUCGCGCCUUCCACCAGCGGGCGGCCGUGGUGGCUUGUGGAAGGAGUCGGUGGGCGCUGGCUGGCUAUUAAAUCCGUACUUAUUCUUGGGAGCUGGUCCACUGGGGCAGCCCAGCGGCCCAACUGGUAGAGCCUCACAGCACCAGCAGGUUCGAUGUGUGGAGUUUGCACGUUCUCCCUGCGACCCCAUGGGUUUCCUCCGGGUGCCCAGGUCUCCCCCCUCAUCCCCAAAGACGCGUGCAUUUGCAGGUUAUUAGGCUUCCUCUGUACUGUAUUGUGACAAUUGCCCCCUUGUGUGUAGGGAAGUUGAUGAGAAUGGGGAUAAUGUGGAAACUUGCGUGAAUGGGUGACCGACGGUCGGCAUGGACUCGGCAGGCCGAAGAGCCUGUUUCCUUGCCGCAUCUUGGGAAUGCGACGCAAUGAUAAUCCCAGCCACUCCUGGCCCGCUCCUGGUGGCUUUUGCCCCCUGAAUCCCUCUGGUUGUGCGUCUCAGUAUGAGGGUUACAUUUCCCAGCACAUCUCACUCUCGAUGGCAGGAAGGCACUCACGGAGAGCAGUCUGAGGAGGUACAUGUUAGGAUCGGGGGCCUUGCUGAAUUCCAAACUCUCCACUCAAGCCUCGACUUAAAUCCAGGUAAAUCCAGCUCGGGUAACGCAGUCGGAGUAGACGAACUAAGCCGAAAAUGCAUCACUUCACAUAUGUCCGAGUUGAACUCCAUCUGCCACUCCUUUGCCCACUUUCCCAGUUAGACCUAGAUCCUGUUAUAACUUUAAGCAAGUAGACACGAGGAACUGCAGAAGCUGGAGGCUUGCGUGAAACAAAAAGGUACUGGAGUAACUCAGUGGGUCUGGUUUUAGGUGGUUUGCAUUUUAAUCGGGCAUUGUUGGAAGAGCUGUCCCAGUAGUCACACAGACCGGGGUUAUCUGGUGCCAGGCGGAGCGAGCAUAUUGUUCCUGUGCUGCGCUGAGCAGUUUGCCAAUGCCGCUGCUCGGUACGGCACAUGGACUUUGCUGAAACAAAAGACACAGAGUGCUGGAGUAACUCAGCGGGUCAGGCAGCAUCUGUGGAGAACAUGGAUAGGUGACGUUUCACAGAGUGCUGGAGUAACUCAGCGGGUCAGGCAGCAUCUCU